GAGGCGCGGAAGCAUCACGCCUGCAGCUCAUGGAGGACAGUGUUCAUAGCUGAAUAUUUGGUCUUUUUAUAUUUCACUGUGUUGGCUGAUAUUGUUUCCAGAUGGAGGAGGUAGACGUCGAGCCGGCAGUGACCAAUAUUCCUUCAGCCAGUGCUGUGAAGCAUUUAGGAUUUGCGUGGGGUCCAGGUGAUAUCCUUGUGUAUGAGACCCUUUACAAAAGAUCAGGUGCUUCACAACCAGGUUAUCCAUUCAUCCACGAGGUCAGAAAAGAUGAGGACAUAUAUUCCCCCAUUUUACGCAAACUCUUCAAUGAGUCACAUCACAUCUUUGUUGGCCUGCAGACAAUUAAAGAGGACCUCCCCAGCAAAAACAAGAAACCUCAAUUUGUCAGCAUCAGUAAAAACUACAGAUCUGUGAUUCGAGCCUGUAUGGAGGAGCUUCGGCAAGUUGCAGUUUCUUCAAAAGAUGCUGAGGAGGCCAUGCAGUCUGGAAAUCAGGUGUCCAUUCUGUUGGCCAUAGAACUGAUCUGGAAUCUGUGUGAAGUGCUGUUCAUCGAGGCUGCUCCUGCGGGUUCCCUGUUGCUCCACCUCCUGGAUUGGGUGAGGUUACAUAAGCCUGUGGACGAGAAGACCAGAGAGGUGCUGCAGAGUGAGAGCCCUGCUGAGCACCACGACUACUGGGAUGUGGUUCUGGGUUAUGUGCUGCAGGGCAGGUUGGAAGAAGCCAGACAGAUGCUGAUGAAGCAGGCCACCCUACAGCCUGCCGCCAGGAGCAUGUUCAAGCUGAUGGACACCCUGCUCAGCAAGAUGCCCUUCUACGACCCUAGUGGCACGCAGACGCUGACAGAGUUUGAUGUGAAGUGGAGACACUGGCAUGAGGAAGUGGACCGCUGUCUUCAGGACAACUCUUUCGCCAGCAACCAACACCUGGAGCUCAUCUGCAAGAUCCUAGUGGGUGAUGAAGACACUUUGCUGGAGCACAAAGAGCUGCUGAGCACCUGGUACCACUUCCUGGUCACUAGACUGCUCUUCUGCCACCCUACAGUCAAACCUGUAGAGCUACAUUACUACGCACAGUCAUGCAUGACCAUGUUUCUGGACCCGAGGAGCGUCCCAGAGCCCCUGGACAGCAUCUUAUUGGCUGCCUUUGAGUUUGACAUUCACCAGGUCAUCAAAGACUGCAGCAUCGCUCUCAACAACUGGUGGUUUGUGGCCCAUUUGACAGAUCUCUUGGAUCACUGUAAACUCCUCCAGUCCCACAAUCUACACUUUGGCUCCAACUUGAGAGAGUUUCUGCUGUUAGAAUAUGCUUCUGGUCUCUUCACUCAUCACAGUUUGUGGCAGUUGGCUGUUGACUACUUUGACCACUGCCCAGAGUUUGGCCGUGUCUACCUGGAGCUGCAGAUCGAACGGGUUCCUUUAGACACAGAGCGCAAAGCCCUCAAGGUGCUCAGGAUCUGUGAGCAAAGACAAAUGUCAGAGCAAGUGCGGAGUAUCUGUAAGAUCAUGGCUAUGCGGGCUCUGAGGAACAACAGACUCGGCUCUGCUCUCUCUUGGAGCAUCAGGGCCAAAGAUGCUGCCUUCGCCACCCUCAUUUCAGAGAAGUUCUUACAGGAUUACUGCAACAGAGGGACUUUCUCUGAUCUGGACCUGAUAGACAACUUGGGCCCAGCCAUGCUGCUCAGUGACAGGCUCACUUUCCUCGGGAAGUAUCGUGAGUUCCACAAGUUGUACGGAGAGAAGCAUUUCGGGGAGGCGGCUAAGCUGCUGCUCUCACUCAUGACGGCCAAGAUCGCCCCCCGAAGCUUCUGGAUGACCCUGCUGACCGACGCUCUGCCGCUGCUGGAGCAGAAAGAGGUGAUCUUUUCUGCAGAACAAACCCAUGAGCUAAUGUUUUGUUUAGAAGAGCUCACUUCCUCCCUAAACACCACCACUCCUGGCACAGACAGGCCCAUGCAGGAGGAAGACAUAGAGGUGACCAAAGUGGAGCUCCUGAGACUGGCUCUGGCCAGGAAUCUGGCUAUGGCUAUAGUCAAAGAAGGCACAGUGGAAGCAUGAAUGGUGAAAGCUGUUCGUAUGUGUUUUUGUACUGUAUAUAAAAUUCCAUUGAUCAAAAUGUACCCUUUGAUAAUAAAACACUUUUCGUGA